UAUGUAUUUAUUUAUGACACAGCUGAUUAACUGCUAGGUAUAGACAAUAGCCAGGACGUUUUGCGCUUCAUUAAAGAGACGCCUCAGGAAGAACAGCACCUUGGACAGCGCCUGCCAGCCGUCAAGCUCAGGAUGCAUUGAGAAGGGAAUGAUGCCUAAGAGAGGAUGUGUACCAGGAGGAAGAUCAUCUGCAGUCUGCUGGUGCUUGCUGUGUUGGAGAUAGGAGUCGGGGUGUCGAGCAUAGCUUUGGGGGCAGUGGGGAUCAGCAGUGUCAAUGCCGAGCGAAAGCCACAACUGGGAGAUGCUUCUCCGGUAUGGAGCGGGGUGUGUUUUCUAAUAUGUGGUCUGUGUGGGGUAAUUUGUGCCAAAAAGAAAUCAGGACUCAUUAUGAUAUUAUUUUCAGCCUGUUGUAUCUGUGGGCUGAUUGGAGGGAUACUAAAUUUUCAGUUUGUGCGAGCACUUGUGAAAAAGUCUUCCGCUCUUUACUCUCUGCACGUUGCUGCUAUGUCACUGGCCUGUCUGGGGAUUGGCGGCUGCACACUUUCAGCUUGGCUAACCUGUCGCUUAGCCAGCAAUGAGCAACAAAGGAUGUUUAUAGAAAGGGAGCACUCUCUACACCAUUCCCACGAAAUGACAGAGAAAGAAUUGACAGAUAAUUUAAGCAAUGGGAUCCCUCAAGUUCUACAAAAUGGAAAGACAACAUUAUAGUGACAACGUUCAACAACAACAAAGAAUGCGGUUCCUAUAAAUAUGGUAAGCUGAGAGAACAGUGAAGUUAUUUAAGACUCUACAAUUCAUUGGAACCACCGAAGACUGGACAAUGCCCUGUGGUGAUCGGGCGAUCAAUUUUACUGACUGUGGAAGCAGCAAAUAAUUGUGGAAGCUGCAUAAUCGUCUGGACCAAAAACUUUCUAGAAAAAAAGGCAGAUACUUUUAGCUACAGUCAAGCUAACUUAACAAAUGGCUUGAUAAGCAGCUUUCCUACUGUUUUUUUUAAAGGACAAAUAACCCUGAUGAAGACUUUGACAGUCAAGACUGAUACUUUGCUAUGUUUGUAAAAUAUUAAUGUACAAUUUCCAGAAAGCAUGUGAAAGGCAUCCAUCUAAGGCUUGCAGUCUGACAGUCUUUCUUAAUCCACGGGAACCCCAAACCGGAAUGCUAACCCUUUAAAAUGAUUCCUGAAUGCUUGAUGAAGUAGCAGUCCUUAUAUUUAAGAAAUAUUUACCUGGUUUGAUUGAUCACUAAAUAUAUGGAAUUUAUCAUUUGUGAAUGAAAUAUGUUUUUA